GGACAUACGACAGUGCAGGUGGGCAAGAAAACUUCUAUAUCGUGAAAAAUAAAUUGUUUUUGUGGAUUUUUACAUUUUAUUCCCAAUUGAGCAAUAUAGAUAAAUAUCCAAUAAUGUAUAAAGUAUAUUUGCAAAAUAACGACUCUUCCGUCAAAGCAAUUCGAAAGUUUGGUUCUCAGACUAGUUCACAGUUUCAUGGUACUCGGGCUAAUUGUCACCUUAGUUUUAAUGAGUUCUGCCAAAAAAUCAUAUCAAUAUUCCCGGAAUUAUCCGAUAAAGAGUUCAUCGUUUCUUGGGAAGAUACUGAAGGUGAUCAAAUCUUAAUAUCAUCUGAUGAAGAAUUACAAAUUGCUAGGGACGAAAUGAGACAGCAUAAGAAAAUAUAUAUCAAACCUCUUUCACCUGAGAAAAAAGUACCAAGUCAUGAGAAAGAAAAAGUAGUACAUUCUGACGUAUAUUGUGAUGGUUGUGAUAAUGACAUAGUUGGAUUUAGAUACAAAUGUAUUCAAUGUGAAGAUUAUGAUUUAUGUGAACAAUGUGAGAUAGCACAGAUGCAUUCACAUCAUUAUAUGAUCCGUAUGCCACAUCCAAUAGAAUCGCAUCAUGCUCGAAGUAUGUUCCAUCAUUUGAAAAAAAUUCUGAAAAAGAAUAGUGCACAUUUUAAUAAAAAAUAUACUUGUGAUGAAAAUAAAUCCCAAAGCAAUAAUCAUCAUAACAUUCAUCCUUGGUUGGGAAUUUAUGCACCAUAUUUACAGAAUCUUAUUGAUACAAUAGUAGAAGCACAUACUGUUGAUCCAGAAUCUAGUAAGAGUCACAAACCUGAAGAAAGAAAAGAAUCUAAGGAUGAUACAUGUACAGAUAAAAAUAAUUCUAGAAAAUUUCCUGGAGAAGGAAGGAAGUUACUUGAUAAUGCAAAGGAUGAUAUAGAACCAGUGUCAGACGUUGCAUCAGCAACAAGUCAAGACAGUGCUACUACAAAGGUGGCAGCAGAUGAAUGGACUAUUAUAGAUAAAAAUGACACUACUGAAGUUAAUCAAACGUCUUCAGCUUCAUCCAAUAUGAAUGGAACUGGUACGAAACAGAAGACUUGUUCCUCUUCAACGGCACCACCAUCAGCAGGAUCUUCAGCUGAAACACUUUACCCUGAAUUAUCAAGAGAAACAAAUUACCAAGAAAUAUAUCAUGAAAAUCCAAAAAUCAAUGAAGCUGUUAAAACUAUGAUAAAGAUGGGAUUCUCAAAUCAAAGUGGAUUAUUGACUUAUUUGUUGGGUGUUGAAAAUGGUAAUAUUGAUAAUGUCUUGGAGAUAUUGCAGCCUACAAAUAAAUGAAUAUUAAGUUUGAAAUGUAAUGACAUUUAUCAUUAUACGACUAUAUAAUAUAUAUUAUAAUAUAAUAUAUAAUAUAUAUUAUAUAUAUAUGGUACAUACUUUUUCUGUUGCAAAAUAAAAAUAGACUGUAGCAUUAUGUAAUGUAUACUAUUGUUACAAAUAUUACAUUUUUCGUCACUUAAUGUAUUUAUGUUAAUAAAGCAACAUGUGAAGAUAAUCAAA